AUGGCAAAGGAAGCAAAGGCGGAGGCAGCAAAAACGGCGAAGGCGGCAUUUCAAGCGGCCAGAGCAGCCACAGGAGUGACAAAGGCUUCAACAGUAGAAGAACCUCAGACCGCAGCGGAGGAGGGAGCGGCAGAGGCAGCAGCAGGGGGGGCUUCCCGAGUGUGGCAUUUACAGGCAGCAAACGCAGCAGAGAAGGUGGAAAUACAAGGAGUGCAGCUUCCCAUGGAAUCCGAGGGCGAGGGCGACCUGUGGUCUGUCUGUCUCGCGGGGGUUCAGGAAGGCAUGCGCUACCAUUUUGUGCUUUCCUCAAAACGAAACGAUUGCUAUUAUCAGGAAGGCGAACUUCUGCACAGACGCGACCCCUACGCGCGUUUUUGUGACUUCAACAGCAAUGACUGUUUCGUUGUGGCCCCCCCCCUUCUAAAGGCAGCGGCAGAAAAAGCAGCAGGACCUGCAGACAUGCCUGAUAUUCAGCCGUGGAAUCGCUGGAUUAUUUACGAAUUGCAUCCCGGCACUUUUGUAUCGCCCAAGGGCGGACAAACGGUGUUUGAGGCCGUUGGAGAGAAGAUAGACUAUAUCGCAUCCCUUGGCUUUACGGCUGUCGAGCUGAUGCCAGUCCAGGAGUUUGGUGGCCUAUGGGGGUAUAACCCGCGGCUGCUUUUUGCCAUUCACUCGCCUUACGGAACUCCCCAAGCGCUCAAGGCUCUUGUUCACCACUGCCACAAGAAGAAGAUGGCGGUUAUUUUCGAUCUCGUUUUGAACCACGGCUCUGCCAAACUCAACUCCCUCUGGAACUGGGACGGCUAUGGCCAACACAACAACGGAGGAAUUUAUUUCGAAGGCGGAGGGGAGUCCGGAUGGGGUCGAAAAUUUGCAUUUCACAAGCGGGAAAUCCGUCAGAUGAUCAAGGAGGCUGCCGCUGCCUUUAUUGAGGAAUACGAUGCAGACGCUUUGCGCUUGGACUCGGUGCAUAAUUUGCCGUGGAACUUACUUCAAGAGCUUACAGGCUAUCUGAAGAGCCGGUUCCCGUCAAAGAUGCUCAUUGCCGAAAUCACACCUGAAAAUCCGAGGGUCUGCCGCGAAGCGCAGUGUGACGCUUGCUGGGUACACUCGGCGUUUUAUGAUGCCAUGAAGGCAACUAAGAGAGCUUCCGCUCAAGCCUGCUGUCCGUGCGGCUGCUCCGCGCAGAUCAUGCGGAAUGAAGAAGUGCCCCACCAUCUUUCCAUGAUCAAGAAUAUCGUCAACAUCCACCAGGGGUUUUCCAAGUCAUCGCAGUGCGUAAACUCGAUUUUGGGGAGCCACGAUCAGGCAGGAAAUCGCAAGGGAGGGCACACUGAUGGAAAACAGGGGAAGUUCUUCGUCUCCCUCAUUGGGAAUAGACACAACUGGCAUAGCCGCGCUCAGUGCCGCAUGUGGUAUUCUCUGCAAGCCGUGAGCCGCGGCCUUCCGAUGCUCUUUAUGGGCUCAGAGACGCAUCAAGACGGCUACUGGAAUGUCGAGCCUGGCCGUUGUAUGGACUGGAGUCUGAUGGAAGACGCUUAUGCGCAGCAAAUGAUGAAGCUGGUGGCAGCAGCCAAUCGUCUGCGCUUGAGCCUUCCCGAGUUGACGGACGAGCACUGCACGCCACAGUUCUUCCACGAGAACUCUACGAAUCGCGUCCUGGGCUUCACUCGCGGAAAUCUGCUGAUUCUCCUGAACUGCGGAGAGGGGCAGUGGGAAGGGGGGUGCACGUAUGUCGUGCAGUGCCCGUUCUCUAGCGGGACAAAGCUGCGGCUCAUCCUGAAUUCUCAGGCUGCCGAUUUCGGUGGGUGGCACGACAGCGCCGGUCCCCCCGAAGCGCAAGUGCAAGAGGGAGGAACUCUCUCUGUGCGCCUUCCCAAGUGGUCGGUGAUCGUGUAUCAGCGGCACUAA